UCAUGUAUUUCAUGCAUGCAGGUGACUGAGUCAGAUGCUGUGGAUCUUAUAGAGAUUACUAUACAAUGCCAUGCAUUGGAUUUUACCACAAAAGCAAUGGCUUUGGUUGCCCUAUUAAAGCUCUCUUCACGUUUCCCUUCUUGUUCAGAGAGGAUCAGGGAAAUAAUUGUUAAGUACAAAGGGAACUUUGUGCUAGAGUUGCAGCAAAGAUCUAUAGAAUUCAAUUCAAUUAUUGCAAGACAUCAAAAUAUUAGGUCUAUGCUUGUAGAAAGGAUGCCAGUUUUGGAUGAGGCAACUUUCAUUGGUCGCCAGGCUGGGUCUCUGCCUGAUGCAGGUUCCAUUUCGGCAGGAUCUUCUGUGAGUCUUCCAAACGGGGUAGCCAAACCUGCAGACUCUCUUGUAGAUCUGCUUGAUCUAAAUUCAAAUGAUGCUCCCGCACCAAGCUCUUCUGGUGGGGAUUUUCUUCAGGACCUUCUUGGUGUCGAUCUGUCACCGGCAGCACAAUCGGGUGCUAACCAAACUUCAAAAAGUGGCACAGAUGCUCUUUUGGAUCUCUUGUCUGUUGGAUCAGUGUCUAGACCUGUUGAAUCACCUUCUGCACAAAGCAAUUCUUCUGCCAUAGACAUUUUAUCCGCCAGUAAAAGUGAAAAAGCAUCCGUUUCACCAUUAGAUGAUCUCUCAUCACUCUCACUAUCUUCAAGAACAACUUCAAUCACUGGAGCUGCUCCAAUGAUGGAUUUGUUGGAUGGUUUUGCAUCCACCCCACCGAAAAGUGAAAACAAUGGGACAGUUUAUCCAUCUAUAACUGCAUUUGAGAGCAGCUCCUUGCAGUUGACAUUCAAUUUCUCAAAACAGCCAGGAAACUCACAAACAACGAAUAUCCAAGCUACCUUCAUAAAUUUGUCCUCUGAUGAAUACACAGAUUUUAUUUUUCAGGCAGCAGUUCCAAAGUUUCUGCAGCUGCAAUUAGAUCCAGCUAGCGGCAGUACUCUCCCUGCCAACGGAAAUGGUUCAAUCACUCAAAAUUUUCGAGUUACCAAUAGCCAAAAUGGAAAGAAAUCUCUUGUAAUGCGCAUAAGGAUAACAUACAAGAUAAAUGGCAAGGAGAAACUGGAGGAGGGACAAAUCAGUAAUUUUCCUCGUGAUUUAUGAGCGCCAAAAUUGUAAGUGGCCAUUUUGGGUGAUACCAUAAAAGGCAUAAAUUAAUAAUAAGCCCUUUUCGUUUUCCGCACUUAAUAGUCAGUCAGGAAUGCACUUUUCGUGUUUCACUUUCAUGCCUCAAAAUGAGAGGGCGGUAUGGUUCAUACAACUGGGUCCGCUUUCCGGCUCAAAUUUGAGGUAGGUUUGUUUAUUUGUUUGGUGGCUUCACAAGCUGCAAUUCUUAACUAGCGUAGGUUCUUUAUGUAAAUUAGUCCAAAAUAUUCUUAUACACGAUGAUGUCAAUCACAGUUUUACCUAUGAGGAACACAGAAUUGUCUCACAUUGAGAACUUGUGUUGCUUGCAAUUUCUUACCCCUGAAGCUGAAGGUAGUUGCGUCAGUCUGCCGUUUGCAGUUGCAGUGUUGAAUGCAAUUUGAUAAAUCGUAGGGAUUUUAUACAAAUUGUUAUAUUCGAUUGUUUUAUGUAACAUCUUUUUUCCCCCAGUAUCAUUAAUGAAAUGUAAUCCCAAAAUUAACGUAUUUCUUAUUCUCUA